CUUCUCCCCAUUUGAUACAAUGGCUGCUACAGCUCUUCUUCUGCCGCCAACGAUACCACCUGAAUAUCACAGGAUUAUUUCUCCAGCAUUACGUGUCAGUACAGACCCCCGGGUUCCUGUCCCAGUGGGUCUUUUGGCUUGUCAACGCGACCCUCUACUGCGAGAAAUAGAGACAACAGUUGUAAACUGCGUUGUAUCGCAGCCAGUGCUACCACAAGCAGGAAAGAAAACCAAGAAGGCUGUUCUUGCGCCGACAUUACCAGAUGAUCCUAUGCUGGAAGUUGUUUUGCAUGACACUGUAAUAUUUCCAGAAGGGGGAGGACAGCCUACGGAUACUGGAAUCAUCUCCACUCUGGAUGGUGCAGUCUGGAGCGUCAUUCAGUCCAAAAGACACGGAGGUCAUGCCGUUCACUAUGUCCGUGUCCCGAAUGGCAGCUUGGAUGCUGCCUUGAUUGUCUUUUCACCUGGAAACAAAGUCACAGCCGCUCUUGAUCGAGCUGGAUAUGAUAGAAGAUAUGACCAUAUGUCAAUGCAUACAUCUCAACAUCUUCUUUCGGCCCUUCUGGAGAGUUAUCUGAAUCUACCUACACUCUCGUGGUCUUUGACAAGCUAUCCAGCCCCUUGUUACGUCGAAGUUCCUCGAGGCAUGACGGCUGAAGAGAUUCAGUCUAUCCAGGAUGAAGCUAAUAGACAAGUAUUCGAAGGAAGAAACGUCCACAUUGAAGUUGAAGAAUUAGAGCUAGGGAAAGAGACCAAAGUUCCCAAGAUAGAGAGCGGACGCGCGGUAGGCAGAGGUCUACCUGAUGACUACACUGGAGGAGUCAAACGAAUAGUUGUUAUUGAGGGUGUUGAUAGAAACCCUUGUUGUGGCACCCAUCUGCCGGGCAUCAACAACCUCCAGCUUUUUCUUUUACCUCAUACUGACGCGCUAGCCCGCUCGUCCACUACUUCUGCGCGGUUAUAUUUUCUCUCCGGACCGCGCCUCAUCAUAUAUUUAUCCUCGACACACACACUCCUCGCAAGUGCUGCAUCCAGUCUAAGCUGCGGUGCCCCGUUGGUCCCGGAACGUGUGAAUCAAGUUGUCGAUGAACGGAAGAGGGCAGAAAAACGUGUUCAGGACGUCGAAAACGAGGUGGCAGCUUUCCUGAGUCGAGACUUAUAUCAAGAACUCUGCUCUACCGAAGAUGAAGUGUUCAGAAAACACAUCCAUCGCACUGACGAUUCCGGUAAUGCCCUUGGAUUUCUGUCGAUGAUCAGUGCUACAUUUUUGGAUGCCCUGAAGGAGACUCUUGCGGUAAAGCGGUCUGUUAUCAUCUUUUCAUCGUCACCCUCUUCCCAGACUAGUUCGAGUACUACUGUUGUGAUGAUUAUUGGAUCGGACGACAAAUUGGUGAAGGAGGUGGGGGAUAUCUUGAAGGUUAAGUUGGGAGUCAAGGGCGGUGGUAAAGGAUUAAAGUGGAGUGGCAAAUUUACAGGCGUAUGGAAAGACAGGGACAACGCCGCGAUGGAGGAUGUACUGGCUAGUAUAUAAUGCAUGAAAUAAAUGAUGAUGGUACUACACUGUACAGUG